AUGACACAAGCCCCCACUCCGGAACCUUCCAUGACCCAAGCCCCCACUCUGGAACCUUCCACGACCCAAGCCCCCCACUCUGGAACCUUCCUUGACCCAAGCCCCCACUCUGGAACCAUCCUUGACACAAGCCCCCACUCUGGAACCUUCCACGACCCAAGCCCCCCACUCUGGAACCUUCCACGACCCAAGUCCCCACUCUGGAACCUUCCACGACCCAAGCAUCCCACUCUGGAACCUUCCUUGACCCAAGCCCCCACUCUGGAACCAUCCUUGACACAAGCCCCCACUCCGGAACCUUCCAUGACCCAAGCCCCCACUCUGGAACCUUCCUCGACCCUAGCCCCCCACUCUGGAACCUUCCUCGACCCUAGCCCCCCACUCUGGAACCUUCCUCGACCCUAG